GAGAUCAGCGCAAUGCCCAUUGCAGACGUCAUCGAGAUGGUGGCCGCUCUGCUAACGAAGAUAACGACUACAAACGACCUGCAACACGAUGCCAUGCAGCGCAAUAUGAGCCCGCUCAGCCACUCGGUGCUUGCGUUUCACGGAAAGAACGUCCCCGCCAUAACAAUCCUGAGCUACCUGUCGCGCAUCGACAAGUACUGCCCAACGACGUACGAGGUGUUCUUGAGUCUGCUAGUCUACUUUGAUCGCAUGACGGAGAGACGCUCUGCUGGCCUGCCCACGCCGGCCACGUACUUUGUGGUUGAUAGCUUCAAUAUUCACCGGCUGAUUAUUGCUGGAGUGACUUGCGCGAGCAAGUUCUUUUCCGACGUCUUUUACACCAAUUCGCGAUAUGCAAAGGUUGGUGGACUUCCUCUGCCCGAGUUGAACCACCUGGAACUGCAGUUCUUAAUACUCAACGACUUCCGACUGGCCAUUCCGGUGGAAGAGCUGGAGGCAUAUGCUACCAUGCUGGUCGAGUUCUACGCCCGAGAGGUGGUGGCUCCUCGACUUCGGCGCACCUAA